AUGAUAAACGAGAGCCGACGGCAACACCGCGGCCCGGAGUACGCCAAAACGGCGGUACCGGCGUCGGCAUCGGCUGGGACGUCGCGACGCGCCCCCGUCGCGACGCUCUCCUCGCUAGAGAUGGAAAUGGACGAGCGGUACUUCCGGUCGGGGAAGGCGCGCUUCCGGUGCGCCGUCGCCAUCUUCGAUUUGUACGAGAGAGAGACGGAGCGCGUCGUAGAGGAGGACAGACCGAAGCCGAGGCCUUCGUCUGUGUUGGGCAACAGAGACACUUCCGCAGGUUUGUUCGUUGGACCUACUCGAGUGAUUUUCCUGUUGGUAUUCUUCGUGUACUGUUUACGGUAACAAUUAUCCUAAACAUCAUGUAGAACUGUGUUAAAAUGAUUAUCGAGAGGAAUCGAAUAAAAAUAAGCAGGGGAAAAUCGAAGUUCGGGGAAGUGUAAACAACGAUAGAAUUGAAUUGAAUUGGUUCGGAAUUCAACGAGGUGUGAUAAGAAAGCUUUUAUUUUAUGAAAAUUUUAUUUUUUGUUUCGUUUUUCCUCCGGCGAGUGUAAAUAAACAGGAAUAUUAUACGUUGUAAGGAAAAUAAAUGGAAGGUGUUUACGAUUUAAUAAAUGUUCGGUACUUGUAGGGUUUUCAUUUGAAUCGGUGUUAUUUUUUUAGUAAUUAAUAAUAAUUGUAUUAAAAUAAAUGGACUGUAUGUAUAUAGGUUAAAAAAAUCGAAUUAAUGUGACACAUAUUUGUUAUCAGUUGUCUGAUAUAAUGAAAUAAACGUUUUUUUGUUAUAUUUUGUUUGCAUUUUCCUUAUUCGUAACAAGCUUUAUUUAGAAACAGUUACUUUAUAACCGGUUAUUUU